GUGGCCCUCUCUCCAGCUGUGUGUGGGGCCUCAGAGCUGGCUUUCCUACUGGAGCCCAGCGACGUCAUCGCGGUACGAGACCGGCCGCUGAUGCUGGACUGCCAGGUGGAAGGCGACGGGCCCAUCUCGGUCACGUGGCGCAGGAACGGUGCGCCCGUGGUCACAGGGCAGCGUGUGUGGGUGCUGCCCAACGGGACCCUCUUCAUCCAGAGCUUCCUGAAGCGACGGGACACCAACGAGACGGACUCAGGAGAGUACGACUGUGCUGCCCAGAACCGCUUUGGCAUGCUGGUCAGCCGCAAGGCUCGAGUCCAGCUGGCAUCUCUGCCUAAGUUCCACACACACCCAGAGUCCAUGUCUGUGGACGAGGGCGGAGUGGCUCGCUUCCAGUGCCAGGUCAAUGGUGUCCCUGAGGCCAGCAUCACCUGGGAGAGGGACAGAACCCUGCUGAGCACAUCCGACAACAGGUACACUCUCCUCCCCAUGGGGAUACUGCAGAUCACGGGAGUGAGGAGGAUAGAUGCUGGGGUGUAUCGCUGCAUGGCCUCCAACAUGGCCAACACACGCAACAGCCACGAGGCCACUCUCAAUGUGACAGGAGGGGCUUCCCGGCUCUACAAGGAGCCUGCGAUCCUGUCUGGCCCUCAGAACCUCACCCUUACGGUUCACCAGACGGCCAUCUUGGAGUGUAUCGCCACGGGAAACCCCAGACCCAUCGUGUCCUGGAGCAGGCUGGACGGGCGCUCCAUCGGGGUGGAGGGCAUCCAGGUGCUGGGCACGGGCAACCUGAUGAUUUCAGACGUGUCGCUGCAGCACUCCGGGGUGUACGUGUGUGCCGCCAACCGUCCGGGCACCAGGAUGAGGCGUACCGCGCUGGGCAGACUGGUGGUUCAAGCUCCCCCAGAGUUCCUGCAGUGGCCGCAGUCUGUCUCUAAACCAGCAGGGGGCAGUGCUGUGUUUACCUGUGUGGCCCAGGGGGUGCCUGAACCUCACUUAAUCUGGCUGAAGAAUGGCAAGAUUCUAAUGCCUGGAGACAACGUCAAGCUCACCAACAAUAACAGCACCCUCGCUGUAACCCGCAUCACCUCAGAAGAUGAAGCCAUCUACCAGUGCAUCGCUGAGAACAGCGCCGGUACCAACCAAGCCAGUGCCCGCUUGGCCAUGUCACUGGCUAAAGACCUGCCGGACUCGCCUCAGGGCCUGACCGCCACCGCCCUCUCCAACACUGCCCUGCAGCUUGCCUGGACCCAACCCCCCAUAGAGGUCACCGAUGGCAUCAUCGGCUAUGUGCUCCACAUCCGCAAAAUUGGCGAGCCAGACAGCAGAGAGCUGCAGGAAGCCGUCAGUAAAACCACCUUCCAACACGACUUCACCACCCUAGAUCCGGGCACCACUUAUUCUGUCUACCUCAAGGCCUAUUCUCCACUCGGCGCCAGCAAGCAAUCCAGCACUGUUGUUGCCACAACACUAGGGGGCGUGCCCACUCCCCCUACCUUCUUCACCAAGGUGAUGAACUCCACUUCAGUGCAAGUGCUGUGGGAGCUUCCCAGUAAGGCUGGCAGGGCAGAGGGCUUCAGGCUGUCUUACCGCAGGGUUCCCCACGCUGACUUUCAGGGACCAAUUCAAUUGCCUUGCCACGUUAAUGCCCACACCAUCUCCCACCUUGAUGCUGGUGCCGUGUAUGAAGUCAAACUGGUGGCUUACAAUGGAAAUGGCGAGAGUGACUGCUCCAAGAGACUGGUGUCACUGGGAGGAGACGGCACCAGCGCCAAAAACAGUGCAGGUGGCGAGUCGCCCUGUAACUGCAGGGACGGCGACGGCUCCCUGGGGAGCAUCGUGAUCGGCGUCCACAUCGGCAUGGCCUGCAUCAUCUUCUGCGUCCUCUUCCUCAUGUUCGGAUACCGUCGCAGCCUGUUCUGCAGUAAAGGGACUCAGGACAGCUGGUCUGUGCCCAGGGCGGAUGACAGGGGACAUGUGGGCCACAACGGUGUUCCCAAGGAGGGCAUCACUCGCCCCAGGGAAGACAUUGAAUUAGUGCCUCCGUGUCCUGUGCCGGUCGUCACCACCGCCAGCGCUCAGGGUGCCCACCUGGACGACUGCCAUGGAGAGUGUAACCAUGGCAGUGCCUGA